CAGCAAUAUGCUUGGGCUUUGUCGAUUUCGUCACUCGCCCGAAUUUGCAGCUUCUGGAGCUUCAAAGCUUCCCAAAAGAUUGAUCGUCAUACAAAUCGUUUUCUCUGAUAAAAAAUUCUACGUGCAUUCAAGUACUUUUCAAUCGAUCACACAUCAUUCAACGUAUUCUUCCCCCAAAAGCAAACAUGUCACAGCCGCCGUCUAUCGAUCGACUAUUAAACUUGGUCCCAGACUUGCCAGAAACUGUUCUCGCCCAACUACAAGCAUAUCCAGAUCUAUCCUCGAAGCAAGACGCACACGGCUACAGUCUAGUCCACGCUGCCGCAUCAUACGCCCACGCAGAGCUGUUGCGUGCAUUAAUAAAAGACUUCAAUGUCGACCCCAACAUUAAAGACGAAGAUGGCGAAACCGCCUUGUUCAGCGUCGAAGAAGUCCCGAUGGCCCAGCUUCUCCUCGAACUAGGCACAGACAUGACUCUGCGCAACGCCGAAGGACAGACCGCAGCAGAGAAGCUCGAUGACGAGGACGAGCAACCGGAGAUCGCGGCUUUCCUGCGUCAACGAGCCGGAGGGUCCCCCGUCACUGGUGAGAGCGCCGAAACUGACAGCGACGGGACCACACAGCGGAUCCCACCUUUGCCGGAAGGAGUCCGAAUCAACGUCGGCACGAUGCCCGUGGAUGACGUGGGCGAGGCACCUGACCCGGAAUUCCGAAGACGCAUCGAGGAGCUGGCUGCCCGCGAGGAUUUUGAUCGGGAGGAGGCGCAACAGGAAUUGCGGAAUUUGAUCACUGAUGCUGUCUCGGGUCUGGCAGGCGAAGGGCAAGGCUCAACGAGAAAACAGCGGAGGGAAUAGUGAUAUGCUAGUGUGGAGCUCUACGUAACAUCAUUGUGAGAAGGUAGUGAUCAUUUCAGGCAUUUGAAACGCGUCAGUAUUUGCAUUGGAGUUUGGUCGCUGGCAUGGACGCGGCGUGAUUUGCGCUCCAAUUCCCCAUCUCACUCAAGCACACGCUUCAGCCUCUGGUACAAUGUGCGUUCGAUCGAACAGGGCUACUAGGACAAGUGAAGAGGCCAGGAUCAUGAAGCUCGGUGUUAAUUGUAUCAUCACAGUCUUCGUAAUAGUCGCAUUCUCAUUGUCCCCGGCCCACAGUAAAGCCGA